GACAGUAAAGGAAAAGCCCGCGUGUUUAGCUGAGCCCUGCUCCCUCUACGCCUGACUAAACAAAUCUGACGGAACAAGGAAGUUAUGCACCUGUUGCUACUGCCGUGCUUCCAUCAUUUCGUGCGCCCUCGACGAUUUAUGCACCAUGAUUGAGGCUGAGGUGGGAGUGCUCCCCGUGGAGCAGGAGCAUCAACAGAGCCCCUCCAAGGCCCAGGAGGAGCCCCUGCCUUCCGGCCCCGCUCCACCACCCAGCGCCCCGCCCCAGGACAGCAGCGGGGUGUCAGUGCUGGACCAGUUCAAGCUCAGGAGGUUCUUCGUCCUGCGGCCUGGCACACUCAAUCAGGCCAUUGAAGACAUUAAAGCUCUGGUGGAUGAAGAGAUAGAUGGCAGCAUCUGCAGUCUUUGGCUCAUGGCAGAAGUGGAUCACUGGAACAAUGAGAAGGAGCGUAUUGUGCUCAUCACAGACAACUCUCUCCUCGUCUGCAAGUACGACUUUGUGAUGUUCAAGUGUGACCAGCUCCAGAGGAUCCCGCUGAACUUUGUGGACCGCAUCUCCCAUGGCUCCUUUACCUUCCCAAAUCACUCUCUGCUCCUGAGAGAGGGCGAGGGCAUGCGUGUCUUCUGGGACAGGCAGAGAGAUCCUUCCUUUACCUCAAGGUGGAACCCCUUCUCCACCGACUACCCCUUCAUCACCUUCACCUACCACCCCGUGAGGAACGCCAACGACAAGUUUGCUGCCCUCUGCGAAAUCCACAACUUCCGUGACCAGCUCCAGGCAGCAGCCCAGAAAGCUCACGCCGCGAAGCCGGUUCCUGGGAAGGCCAACGGCGUCCUGGUCCUCAAUCAGCCCAUCCACAUCGAGGCUUAUGUGGGCAUCAUGUCUUUCAUUGGGAACCAAAAUAAGCUGGGCUAUUGCAUGGCUCGAGGAAACAUCGGUUUCUAAAUUCAUCUUCAUUGUAUUUAAUUGUUCUUUGACUUUAUUCUCAAAUACUGUGCCCAUUAGUAUUUAUAGGUUACUGAUUUUGUGUUUUCUACUUGUGGUUUACACAUCUGAAUGAGUCAAAUUCUUUAAAAUCCAAUGUGGGUCGGCCGGUGGUUUUUCUAUAUUCAUAGUGCACUACUUGACAGUGAUGUAUAGACUCACAAAAUGUGCUAUAUGAUGCUUAAAUUUCCAUGUGAUCUCCUCCACUGCUUAUUACCAGUGCAGGGUGUAUGAGAGCUCAGAAAUAUCCGCAUUUCAACACGGCUCUUCACCAGAUGAUGGAUCCCCUGCUGCUCUCAAGGAGCUUUGUGUUUGCCUCCUCAGUGAUAUGGUAAUUCAACUCUUUCGCAAUGGGAGCCCUUUCUUCCUCCCCCAGUUCCUCUGUUAAAAGCUCAUUCCCAUGCCACUCAGCUCCUUAGAGAUUCACUGGAGCAUAGGGGCACAUUUGUCAGUUUAGUUUUAUCAUUUAUAGUGUAUUAUUACAGUGCAUAAGGUGCUGGAAUUUCCCCCAGAUUUGCUUGUUUACCGUGUAUCUGUCUGCUUUGUUUGGCUCUGUUUGUCUUGUAAGUGUGCUACAGACAAGCAAACGUGAGCCUCUACAUUAUUCUCUCUCUUUAUUUAACCGUGGUGUAUAAAAUAGACGUAUUGCUAAAUUCACAGCAUUUUUGUUUUACACAAAACUUGUUUUGACAGAUGGACAGAUAUGACUCUGUUCGUUUCCAAAGUGCAAUUCUUGUGAAGCAUAUACAAAUGUUAACACCCAGUGGGCGUCAUUGAAAGACAAGCGUGACAAGAGGAGUCUUCUUUUCAGUUAAAGUGAAAGUUCUUUUUUUUUUAUUUUUUGGUUCUUGCAGAUUUUUGGAUUCUUUCUCUGUGUUGCAUUUAUUAGUUUAUUGUACAAUUCCAUGACCUUGACGACUGAGUAAGAAUUCAUUCUUAUUCAACCUGUUUUGGUGAAAGGGGUGUUUAUUAAACCUUAGCAAUGACCUCAAA